GCCCUUUACCAAAGUUGAAUGGAAAAAAACUGUUUGGUAAGGUGUUUGAGCUACGUUGUCGACAAGCUGCUAUACCAAUUCCACAAAGAGAAUUUGGUGAAUUUAUGAAAAAUGAACGCUGGAGAAAUGCGGCACCUGACGAGAGAUACCUGUACGAACUUUACGCGAAAGCAGUAAAUGAGGAGAAUGAACAAAUGUUUAUGACAACAUACGACAUAAAUGAACCUAUUAAUGUCAACAUUAAUGUUGGCGAAGAAAAUAAUUCAAGUAACAUUGGA